AUGAAAAGGUCAAACUGUUUCGGUGAUUUCUUUCUUUCCAUGAUGUCUGUUUUGAAGUCUUACGAAAUUGCCAAUUUAAAACAAUCAUCUUCAAAACCGGUUGUUGAUGAAUCAAUCCCUGGUUCGUCCAAUCAUUCUACCAGACUUAAACGUAGGAAUAAUGCCAUUUUGUUGAUGUAUUCAGGUUGGGGUUAUUACGGUAUGCAAAGAUGCCCUGUUUUUCCAACCAUUGAAGGAGAAUUGUCUAAAGCUCUCUUUACUUGUGGUCAACUCGAUAAUCUGACAGGUGAAGAACAUAAAAGAGUUCAUUUUCAACGUGCAUCUAAAACUGACAAAUCCGUUUCCGCUCUUGGACAAGUUUGUUCCAUGCAAUUACGCGAAGACACAGAUUUAUUAAAUAAAUUAAACAAAACCCUACCGGAAAAUAUUCGUGUUCUUGAUAUUAUUCGCGUAACUCGUGGGUUUUCUUCAUACGGUUCGUGUACACAUCGAAUUUAUGAUUAUCUAUUACCUACAUUCGCCUUAUCACCUGCUUCUUCAUUGUUAAAUGAUUCUACUUGUUGGACUUACCGUUUAACAGUUGAACAAAUUACACAUGUUAAUCGUUUACUUGAAAAGUAUAUAGGUACUCAUAAUUUUUAUAAUUUCACUUCAGGAAGACUUGCAACGGAUAGUAGUUGUAAUCGAUAUAUUAUAUCAGCCAAAUGUAUGCCAACAUUUUUACUCGGUGAGCAUCAAUAUACUAUUAUACGUAUUACUGGUCAGUCGUUUAUGCUGCAUCAAAUACGUAAAAUGAUUGGUUUAGCAUUAGCUGUUCUACGUGGUUAUGCAACAGAAGCAGUAUUUGAUAUUGUGUUCAGUAAAGAAAGAGUAGAUAUACCGAAAGCUCCAGGACUAGGUCUUAUGCUUAACCGAGUGGACUUCAGUCAGUAUAAUACAAAAUAUCAAAAUGACGGUAUCCAUCAACCAAUUGAUUGGAGUAAAUAUGAAGAACAAAGAAACGAAUUCAAGAUGCAAUAUGUAUAUGAACAUAUUGAUCGAAUUGAGUCAGCGGAAAAGUCUAUGUUCCAAUGGCUUUCUACAUUGAAUAAUCAUACGUAUAGUUUGAGAGAUUUUUCAUCUCCUCUGAUUGUUGUUGAUAAUGUUUCGAAAACGGAUAAUACUCAGAUAGACAAUCAAGAUUAUGCUACCACUCGCACACAUUUCAACACUAAAAAUAAUCUAAAUAAGAAUGAUGUUCCAGAGUGUAAUAUACCUGUUAAAAAGGAAAGGUUGGUAUUGUGAGAGGAUAUUUGUUUAAUUUUCCCUUUUAUGUCAAGUAGUGGUUUUAUAAUAAAUUGAUGUUUAUAUUAGUCAUAGUGUUGUAUUCUUUUGUUUUGCUUCAUAUUUGUCAAAUGUAUGCGAAGAAGAAAUAUAAAUACAGUCAUUCUAAAUAGAGUUCCAUCUACAAUCUAUUUUCAAAAUGA